AUGUCGAGUACUGCGACGAGUGAUAGCUCGUCGGGCGGGACUUCGCUGUCCGCGUGGUUGACCACCUUCAUCCCGUCUGCUGCCGUUUUCGCAAUUGAAAUCGGCCUGUUCUUCUACCUCCGCCGCAUUUACAAGCGCAUUUAUGAGCCCAAGUCCGUGGUGGACACUCAGAGGAAGGUCGGCAGCCCGCCUGCCACUUUUAUGGGUGUUUUGAAGGAACUGCUCAAGUCGCAGACCUUGGAGGAUACCAUUCAAACCGCCGGAUUGGACGCAUAUUUCUUCUUGAGGUUCGUCCGUCUCAUCGUCUUUAUCUUUGGCGCUUCAAUGCUCCUCGUUUGGCCCAUUCUUAUGCCCAUCAAUGCCGUUGAUGGUAAGGGCAACAAGGGUCUCGACAUGCUUGCCUACUCCAAUGUCGGUCUCAACCACACCUCUCGCUAUUGGGCUCACUGGGUCCUCGCCUGGCUCUUCAUCGGAUUCGUUCUCUACAUGUUCUACCGCGAGCUCGUUCACUACAAGAACACUCGCUUCGCCUGGCUCAGGAGUCGUGAGCACAGCGGUUUAGCGAGCGCUAGGACGCUUUUGGUGACCAAUGUUCCGGAUGAAUUGUCGACCGAGGAGAAGAUCAAGGAAAGAUUCGGGCAAGACAAGGUUAAGAAGGUCUUCCUUGUUCGCGAUAUGACCAAGCUCUUGGAUGACGUCCAGACUAGGGACAAGAACGCCGCCAAGUUGGAAACGUCUGUCAGCAGCCUCAUCAAGAUGGCGCUCAAAAACGCCCGCAAGAACAAGAAUAUCAAGGGUGUCGAUGCCGAGUCUGGUCGCAUUGCUGACCGUUACGUUCCCGCAAAGAAGUACCCUACCCAUCGUCUCCCUGUAUGGAAGAUCCCCUUCGCUCUUCCCUUGAUUGGAAAGAAAGUCAAUUCCAUCGACUACUGCACUGAGGAGCUCGCUCGUCUCAACCCCGAGAUCGCCGAGGGUCAGCAGCGCGAAGAUUCCUACGAGCUUAUCGGAGCUGCUUUCAUCGAGUUUCACCGUCAGGCUGACAUGCACCGUACCUUCUUCGAGCUCUCCGGUCGCAAGGUUGCCACCAGCAUCUUGCCUCCCUCGCACCUCGAGACUGACCCGCGUGACAUCGUUUGGUCCAACCUCGGUCCAUCCCCUCAUGUUCUUUUCGUGAAAAAGAUUGUCGCGUACGGUGCUAUCUGCUGGUUGAUUGUCUUCUUCGCCAUCCCCGUUGCGUUCGUCGGUUCGAUCUCCAACUUGACGUACUUGACCAACAAGGCACCAUGGUUGAACUUUAUCUACAAAUUGCCAUCCGCUCUCCUCGGUUUGAUCACUGGUCUUUUGCCUUCGGUUAUGUUGGCCGUCUUGAUGGCUUUGGUUCCCGUUUUCAUGAGGCUUGCUGCAAAGAUUGGUGGUGCGAAGACGUAUACCGCGGUUGAGUUGACUACGCAAAAGAUGUACUUUGCAUUCUUGCUCAUUCAGGAAUUUUUGGUCGUCGCCAUCGCUUCGUCUGCCACGGCCAUGGGUACGCAGAUCGCUCAGGAUCCAUCCAGUGCUUCCGCUAUUGUUGCGGAGCAAUUGCCCAAGUCCAGUAACUUUUACUUUUCCUACUUUGUCUUGCAGGGUCUUACCAUCGCCGCCGGUCGUCUCUUGCAGAUUGUUGCGUUGCUUUUGUUCUUCGUGUUCAACAAGUUCCUUGACAACACCCCCAGGAAGAAGUGGAACAGGUGGAACUUGCUUGGUGGAAGGCAGUGGGGUACUGAAUACCCUGCCUUUACCAACUUGGCGCUCAUUGCUUUCACCUACUCGAUCGUGACUCCGUUCAUCAUGUUCAUUGUCGUCUUGACCUUCGGUUUGUUCUACCUCGCAUACCUCUACAACUUGAGGUACGUUUGGGAGUUCCGCCUCGACAGUGGUGGUCUUUUCUUCCCUGUCGCCAUUGAUCAAGUUAUGGGUGGUAUUUACUUGCUUGAGGUCCUCUUCAUUGGCUUGUUCUUUGCUGCUCGUGAUGCGCAGAACAACCUCUGUGCCAUCCCUCAGGCUGUCUUGAUGAUCGUGGCUUUAGUCAUUACCGCCUUGUUCCACAUCUGGCUCAAGUGGAAGCUUAAGCCCUUCGAGGAGACUUUGCCCCGUGACGAGGUUUUCGCCGAGUCCGACCACCCCUUCUCCGACGCUCACAAGAUUCCCUCCGUUGAGGGUGCUGUCGUUCCUGACACCGCUGCUCAGGGCUUCGACGGUGAGAUCAUGUCUGAGGGGUACAAGAACGAGGCUCUCCGUGCUUUCCCUCCCACGAUCUGGAUUCCCAAGGACCAUCUCGGUAUCGGUGAGGAUGAGGCUAGGAGGAUCACGGACAGGCAGGUCGAAGCGAGCUACGAGCACGCAGAAAUUGCCGAGAAGGGUGAUAUCUCUGUUGAUGGAAGGCCUCCGGACUACCAGGAGAUUGACUUUACUCGUCGUUGA